GUUCUCAUGCUUGAGUUUUUCUCAACAAUCCAGAGCAUUUCUCCGCGCAGUUGUAUUUACUGAUGAGUGCUUGGUUUCCUGUAUGAAUGCUAAACGCAAACCACGUGAUGUGAAAGCAGACUGCAGCUUCUUUUGUUCAAAUCAAUCAAACCGGAGACGGACAGAGAGCUGCUGAAUCAGGAAAUCACCGAUCCUAACUCCAUCAUAUCUUGUCUCUGUCUCAACACAACAGCUUCUGACUGAAAGAUGCCACGUAAGAAGGUCACAGAUGUCUCAGGGAACGGUGGGAUGAAGAGAAAGAGAGCAAGUGGCAAAAGGAAAGACCGAGACUUCAGCAGCGAUGAUGAGUUUGACUUUGAGCAGGAGAACAACAAGAAACCCGGCAGGCCCGCAGCCAAGUCGGGUCUCCAGCCUGUCACCGUGGCAGAUGACGUCAAAGAGAAAAUAAAACUCGAGUGCCCAAAGGUGAAAGGUCAGCUGCUCGUUUUUGGAGCAACCAACUGGGAUUUAAUUGGAAGAAAAGAGGUGCCUAAACAACAAGCUGCUUUUCGCAACCUUGGCCAGAAUCUGUGGGGACCUCACCGUUACGGCUGUCUGAAUGAUGUCCAGGUCAGCUGUGUGGUGUCUGGUCCCUGCUCUGCACACAGUCUCCUCAUGACGGCAGAGGGCAAGCUGUGGAGCUGGGGUCGUAACGAUAAGGGUCAGCUGGGUCAUGGAGACACCAAACGUCUGGAGGCUCCAAAGCUAAUCGAGGCCCUGGCUGAUGAUGUCAUUGUUGCCGCAGCCUGUGGACGCAAUCACACGCUGGCACUCACAGAGGAUGGCACUGCAUACUCCUUUGGUGAGAACAAGCUGGGCCAGCUUGGUCAAAGCAAUCAGACUGACGCAGUCCUGAGCCCGGCACCGAUUUCCUACAAUGGGCAGCCGCUGGUGAAGGUGGCAUGUGGAGCUGAAUUCAGUAUGGUGGUGGACUGCAAAGGAAACCUGUACUCCUUUGGUUGCCCAGAGUAUGGACAGCUGGGCCACAACAGUGACGGGAAAUUCAUAGCUCGUGCUCAGCGCAUCGAGUUUGACUGCGAGCUCAUCCCUCGACGUGUCGCCAUCUUCAUCGAGAAGUCCAAGGAUGGUCAGAUCAUGCCUGUGCCCAACGUGGUGGUCAGAGACGUGGCGUGCGGGGCGAACCACACGCUGGUGUUGGACUCUCAGAAGCGAGUCUUCAGCUGGGGUUUCGGUGGUUACGGGCGUCUCGGUCACACAGAGCAGAAGGACGAGAUGGUUCCCCGGCUCGUCAAGCUGUUCGACUUCCCUGGACGUGGAGCUGCUCAGAUCUACGCAGGCUACCAGUGUUCCUUUGCUGUCAAUGAGAUGGGAGGAUUGUUCUUCUGGGGGGUAACAAACACCACCAGAGAGUCGACCAUGUACCCCAAAGCUGUGCAGGAUCUAUGUGGCUGGAAGAUCCGCAGCCUGGCCUGCGGAAAGAGCAGCAUCAUCAUCGCAGCAGACGAGAGCACAAUCAGCUGGGGCCCCUCACCAACAUUUGGAGAGCUGGGAUAUGGAGACAACAAACCCAAAUCCUCCACAACUGCUCAGGAGGUUAAAACCUUGGAUGGCAUCUACAUUGAGCAGGUGGUGAUGGGCUACUCUCAUUCGCUGAUCAUUGCCAGACAGGACGCUCCGCAGGAACAGGAGAAACUGAAAAAGCUGCCAGAGUACAACCCCCGAACAAUCUGAUCAGCUCUCCGACAGAAAGCGCUCAACCUGCUUCACUGGAGCAGACCAGCACUGCUCAGCAGGAACCCCUGGCCUGGUCACUGGUGGAGGGUUGAGUUCAGGGGAGGAGCCAUGCACAAGACAUCUCAUACCAGCAAACUGGUUCCACACUAAUUUGGACUCUAAAAUCAGAGAAGAUGAGACUGGAGGCGGAUAGAUGGUCCGGAUGGUCCAGCUCUCACAGUGAAUGGUCAAAACUUCACCUCCCACCUGGAGUGAACCUGCAACAGUUCACUCUGAGCACUCAGCUGACGUGCUUCCUAAAAAAAUAUAAAAACAAAACCGUUGUCACUUAAAAACCCAGGAAACAUUCAUGUCUCAAGUUCUUUUUUGUUAUUGUUGCUUUAUUUGAAAUGAUAGUUGUUCAUAUUUUCUGGUGCUAUAGCAGGGCCCUCAGUCUUUUCCCACUGAGGGGUUUUCAGAGACCAACACUCCAUACCUGUGCCUUUUCUAUGUUUGUGUUCAGGGUAUGGAAUUCUUGUUUGUGACGAUCAGCUGAUCAUUUUGAUUUAGUUUAUAUGGCAGCGCGAACAUGUGUGUGCGUACCGCUGCCACAUAUUACAAUCAGGAUUUGGAACACGAUGUUCUGAGUUAGUGCACUCCACCUGAUGUUACAUUCCUUUGUAUUUUUUUCUCUGUGUUUGCAUCCAGGAUGCUCACCUCAGUCCUUCCACAGUGUCGGACAGCUCUUGUCUUUGCUAAUUUGAUUGAUUUGAAUUAUUCCAACGCUCAAAGCGGUUUAAAAGCAGCUCAGAACUUCAAGAAGCAGCAUCGCAGCGUCUGGACCUGGUACGACGUUACCAAGGCGUGCUCGUCAAGAAGUCCUUGUUUUAAUAGCAUGAGGAGUUCUGUCUGUACUGUACUGUUUUUUAUGGUGAAAAUUCUCCUGGUUACAUUGUCUUUUUUCCAUUGCAAUGAUUAAAUAAAGAUUCAUGUAAACUGA